AUGUUCCCCUCACCAAAACGUGCAGUUGCGUUGGCGUGCGCCGUCUUCGUCUUUGUGCUUCUGGCCAGCUACCAGUCAAGCAAGCAAAACUAUGCGGCGAAUCCUCUCCGGGUUGCAGAGUCCUUGAGGGAUGGAGCGAUUGGGGUGUCCUCUUCGGCGGCAUCGUCUCUCAAUACACAAAUACCGUUCUGGACCACGGAGCAGCGCGAGCCCCGGUUUGCCUACGUGCAGUAUGCGACGGACGUGGACUAUUUGUGCAAUGCGGUUAUUAACUUCCAUCGUCUGUCAUCGUUUGGUUCCAGGCACGAUCAAGUCCUGAUUUUCCCAGACAAGUGGACGGAAGGAAACACGAGAGAAGCCGAAGCUAUCAAGAAGAUCAAACACGAACUUCCUCAUCUCAUUUUUCGACCCUUCGUCGUUCUUGCUACCCACAAAGGCAGUGCGACAUGGGCCAAGAGCCUCACCAAGCUCCACGCCUUUGACUUGACCGACUACACGCGCGUUUUGGCCUUCGACUCUGACUCUCAAGUUCUCAAUAGCAUGGAUCAUUACUUUCUUGCCCCGAUGGCCGCCGUUGCCGUACCACGCGCCUAUUGGCUGAACGAGAAAGACACGCCUGUCGCCGAGCAGGUCCUCAGCUCCCACGUCAUGCUCAUAGAGCCAAGUAGUAAACGGUACAAAAAGAUUGUCAAGGAAGCGAUGAGAUCAGGCGACAUUGACAUGGAGGUUAUCAACCACAUGUUCAAGGACUCAGCCAUGAUCCUACCUCAUCGACGACUUGCACUUCUGACAGGGGAAUUCCGCCGCAAAGGCCACAAGAAAUACCUUACGCCGGAUGAUGACGAGGAUUGGAACGCCAUGGAGGAGGUCUUGAGAUCCUACCUGGUUCACUUCAGCGACUGGCCGCUGCCGAAGCCGUGGAAGCCGCACACAGACGACCAGUGGCAGGCCGCCCUGCCCGACUGCCCGGAGGAGGAAGAGGACAAGCCUGGCCGCCCGAGGUGUGCUGACCGGACAGUUUGGUCAAGCAUCUACAGUGACUUUAAAGAUGAUAGGAAGAAGUACUGCAGGGCAUGGUUAUAG